CCUCCUAUCCUUCUCGUAGCUAGCACGGCAAGCCGAGCAUGGCGACUCCCAGCGCCAAGACCAACGGCCUUCCCCUCGUCGCCUCGCCGCGGCCCCCUGCAUACCCCUCCAUGCUCCCCAAGAAGCCAACCCAGCGGCGCCGCAGCCUGUCGUGCAGGGCCGCCGCCCCUCGCUUCGACCGUCGUGACGUCCUUGCCGGCCUAACCGGCGUCGCCGCCGGGGGUCUCGCCACGCGCCCGGGCCUCGCGGCCACCGAGGACGCCUCCGACGUCUGCCCCAGAGGCGAGAAGGUCACGGACACGCUCCUCACGUGCCAGAAGACGGGCCAGAAACCGUGCCCGCCGACGUCGCCGGUCGCCGCCGUCGAUUUCACGCCGCCGACCGGCCCGACGCGCCUCCGCCAGCCGGCGCACCUGGCCGACCCCGAGACCGUCGAGAAGUACCGGCGGGCCCUGGCGAAGAUGAAGGCGCUCCCGGCCUCCGAUCCGCGCAGCUUCGCUGCGCAGGCGGCCAUCCACGAGGCCUACUGCGACGGGCACUACCGGUAUGGCGGCGGCGGCGGCGACGCGCCGUUCGACGUGCACUUCUCGUGGGUCUUCGCGCCGUGGCACCGCAUGUACCUCUACUUCUAUGAGCGCAUCCUCGGCGACCUCAUCGGCGACGACACCUUCGCGCUGCCGUACUGGAACUGGGACGCGCCGGCGGGGAUGGCGCUGCCGGACAUCUUCAAGGACGCCGGCUCGCCGCUGUACGACGCCAAACGCAACCCGGCGAACCUCGGCGCCUACCUCAACCUCCACAUCGCCAAAGCCGGCGACACCACCGUCAUCCCUUUCGACCCUCAAGCUGCUCAUCUGAACAACCAAGUUGUUCAGAAUAACCUUGCCACCCUUUACGUUCAGAUGAUGCGGAACAAGAAGGCGCAGGAUUUCCUGGGCGGCAAGUUCUGCUCCUCGUACCCGGGGACGAGGUCCUCGGGCACCUCCGGCUCGCUGGAGAGCAUGGCGCACACGAGCGUCCACGUGUGGACCGGCGACCCGGGGAGCUCCACGACGGGGCACGACGGCCAGAAGCACUCCCUCGCCGACAUGGGGUUCCUCGCCACGGCGGCGCGGGACCCGGUCUUCUACUCCCACCACGCCAACGUGGACCGCAUGUGGCACCUCUGGUCCACCAAGCUCGGCCGCCGCAACUUCGACGACCCGGAGUGGCUCGACACCAGCUUCGUCUUCUACGACGAGAGGCCACGGCCCGUCCGCAUCCGGGUCCGCGACGUCCUCGACGCGGCGGCGCUCGGGUACAGCUACGACGAGCGGGAGCCGCUCCGCUGGAUGGGCGCCAGGCCGGCCCCGCUGCUUGCCAACAAGGGCGCCGCCGCCGCAAGGUCCACCAUGCGGCGGGCGGUGCCAGCGUUCCCGCUGGCCCUGACCGAGGGGCAGGUCGUGGAGGUGCCGUCCGUAGCCAAGCCGCGGCGCGCGCAGAAGGCGGCGGCAGGCGGCGGCGGGAAGCAGCCGGCGGACACCAUCCUGGUGUUCGACGGCGUGGAGUUCGAGCCCGGAAAGGGCGGCAAGUUCGACGUGGUGAUCAACGUGCCGCCGGAGCAGGCCGCCGGCGCGGGGCCGCGGCACAGCGAGUACGCCGGGAGUUUCGCCACCCUGCCGCGCGGCGGGAGCAAGAAGCCCGGGGAGACGGUGGUGGUGCCGUUCGUCCUGCCGCUGGACGAGGUGCUGGCCGACAUCGGGGUCGGUGACGAGGACGGCGCUGUCAACGUCGUCAUCGUGCCGCGGACCCCGGGAAUCAAGAUCAUCAGCCCGCCGAGGAUCGAGAUCAGGGAGCGCUGAACCAACACCGCCGGAGCUAGACGUCAUGUGUGCACCGGAUCGGCCGACCGAAGGCGCCUAAAAAUCAUUCUCAUCACUAGUACCACUGGGGCAUCGCCACUUUCCAUGCGAAAGGAAAUGAUGAAAUAAGGGAGCAAGAUGAUAGCUGCCCACGCUUGUUUUAUUUUCUGAAUAUAUUUUCUAUCAUUGAAUAAUAUGGACCGUUGGAUCUAGAUCAUACAGCCAGCUGCUUUCAUAUAUGUUCA